AUGGAGGAAUGGAUGCGCAAGGCGAGAGCUCGAGACUUCGCGUGGGUAAGGAACGUGCAAGCCCAGCAGCGUCGAGCAGGAGCUACUCCGCAGCCACCCAACGUUGCAGCGCAGCAGCAGCUGGAAAGAUGGUUGAUCAGAACUCGUAGCAGCGUCUCUAUUCCGUCGGUCAAGCAAGAUUCCAACGGCACAAGCAGCGAACUGUCCUUCAUUCCCUCCAGAACGCAUUGCAUCGGUCUCAGUGUACGAGAUCUGGACAUCCAGGAGGAAGAAGGUAGCCCGCAGAAAUAUCCCACAGCAAAGGAUGUCAAGGCGCGUGUUGUCUUCGCUUGCCCUCCCAACGCGGACAUCCCCCUUUGGAAUGCAUCGGAAGUGAGAGGAAAGAUAGUUGUGAUCAAUCGAGGCCCCCCCCGCCCAGCUGCUCUCAUCACCUACGGGCUCAAGCUCUACCAUGCACAGCAAGCGGGAGCUGUCGGAGUUAUCUUCAUCGACCUGGAGGGGAUCGAUGCGUUCACUUUGAUCCCACGCGUAGACGAGGGGGAGCUCGCCUAUCCUCCGGAUCUGCAAGGGAAGUAUCCUCCUGCCAGGCUCAGAGCGAAAAUUCCCUGCUGCCUGAUGUUGAAGAGGGACUCUGGUAUCAUCCAAGAAGGGGCCGUACACGUCAUCACCUUUGCCCCGCCUGGGUUCGCUGUGGACCCGAGGUUCAAGAAUUACAAGAUCGGGUUUGUCAUUGUGCCGAAGCAAGAGAACAAGGCUGGGUUGUCAAAGUCCAAGGCGACAGCUUUGAUGUCAGAGUUCUUCGAGGCGAGGAAGAAAGAAAGGAUCGAGGAAGAGAAGCUCCUACUGAAUGAGAAGAGCGACAAGAAAGAGGAUCAGCUGCUGCAGAAGGAGUGGGGUAACAGCAACUUCCUGGACUCCCUCAACCCCCUCAAACAAGUUCAGGCAACUUCCAAGACGGACGAAGCAGUUGCCGCAUCGAUCUUGAAGAAACUUGUUUCGUUCGCGGGAGAAGACAAUGUGAAGAAGAUGAAGGAAUAUGCCAGCACCUACCUGUCGUCCAACCUUCAAGCAGGAGGGAACAAGGGAGAGAUGAAGAUUGAGCUCCAAUGGGAAGUGAAUCAGUUCGUUCGAGCUCAGCGUAAAGAUGGGAGGUGGCACACAGCAUCGAUCGUGAAGAUCGACGGUGCGACGGUGGAGAUCGACUGGUGCGAUGGGUAUGACAAGGAGAAGAUGCAUAAGGUCGAAAACAUCAGAUAUUCUAUCGCCAUGCCGAACAGCAGGAGCUGCGCGCGAGGCUGCGGAUAUGCGACCACGUGGCAUGCGACACAUUGCUGUGAAGCUUGCAAGGAUGGGGGUGCAGAAGACUUUCAUGGUCCCAAGUGCGACAGGCUGCAGUAUUUUCCAACUGGCACUACCGUCCACAUGAAAACAGACAAGGAGUGGAAGCCUUGCAUUGUCGCUCAGUAUCAGAUGACGGGCAGCAUGUUCCAAGGUUAUCUAGUCAGAAUUCAUGGAGUCCCCGAGUUGUCCUUCAAAUGUCCCCAUCAUGUUCGGAUGCCGAUAGCGGCUAAAGGAGCAACGCCUUGCUCGGGUCAGUGCGGCUACGCGGUGACGUGGCACACCGACUACUGCUGCUUCGUCUGCAAGGCUUCAGCUGGGCAGGGCAAUCACGGCCCGAGAUGCGACAAGCUGCGAAUACUCGGGUCCCGCGUUACUGACGUGAAGUUGAAUACGGGCGAGACCAGCCUGCAGCCUCUUGAACAAAAUGAGAUCAACGGGUGA